AUGAAGUUCAGCUCAGAGCCAGAGGUAGCGACAGAGCAAGAGUGCCGAUACGGCCGCCCUGCGGCAUCAGAAGGUCGGGACAACGAGGGCCACAGGGCACUGCGGCGGCGGGUGCGGGAGCAGAGGAGGCUUGACCUUCACACUGGCUGCGACGGCAGGACAAACUGCCAGGAAACGCAACCAGGCGAUUGUGAGGCUCACCAACACAAGGUUACCGCUGAUGAUAUCGAGCCGUUGAUCAGCCCAGUUUCUUCCCAAAUACAAUCCGAUCAUCCGAAAGAACCGUCAAAAUCCAAUGAGCCUAGCACAGAUGACCGGGCGCGGGACUACCUCACGAAAUAUGCAGUGGAGGACUGUAAAGAUGUCAGUGUGCAAGUGGGUAGCGCUAACACGGUUGCUAGCGGGCGCGCUAAUUCGACGAGAUCCUCCAGGUAUCAGCGGUCAACUCUAUUGCGCCCAAGCGAAGGCAGUCUUGCUGGUAAGAUGGCAGAACGUGCGCACAUUCCACCAUCCAUCUCAAGCCUCACUACAAGUUCAAAUAGUUGGCAGUUCUCCUUUCUCGGUGCCACCCAUUCAUGGCAGGAGAUUAGGAUUCCCGUACGGUUGCGACGAGAAGAUGCUGUCGAUCUGCUGGCGUUUCGACAGAACUACCUGGAGGACAAGCGAAACGUCCAGGGAGAGGUUGCCCUCCCUCGCCUACUGGAGAGCAUUCUCGCAGAGAACAUAAAAAAAUUCGGUUUGACCCCCGGCAACGUGUCUUUGCUAGCUCGACCAUCGGCGUCCUUCGCCCUACAAACGCCGGAGGGCAGCCACAAGGAGGCCCACAUACCGGACAGCUUUCAUUGUGGCGCAACCACCGGCAGCACCUCUGCUGACCUGCACGCCACAUUGCCAGUGGUUGCAGCCGAUGAGGACGAGGAACGCCAAAGAGAUGUCUCCAUCAUUUCUGCAGAAAAAUUGCCUAAACCUGCUGCACUGGGUCGGGAAUGGGAGCGACGGCGAAGCCAUGAGCAACCAGUUCGAUCGACCACUGAACGUGACCAGGAAGGACACCUAAGCAUUUCAGGUUACCAUGGCUGGUCAAACUCGCCACGUCCGAGAUGUAUGCCGUUCACAACAAACCCUGAAGGCAAUACAUGUAAUCCGUAUGGCUCUUUUCCAACAAAUCGGCCUUUCCCGAGCACACCCUGGAAACGUUCACCCAUCGCCCUGCGUCCGGGUGGCAGAAAUGAACGUUACGAAGACUUAGAGGCACCAGAAAGUUCUGCAGAAUAUGCAGCCUGGCUAUUCGAGAGGGAGGCACCCAAGAUUGGCUGGUUUCGCGCUGUUAACUUUCCGCAGCAUCCUGCCACGGUCAUAUCCAUUGAAUAUGCAUUAUCCGAGUACGGUCUUGAAGAUGUGCACAAGAUCCCAGUGGCAUUUCUCCAGCAGAAGCUGGAGACACCAGGCUGCCUGUUGUGUUGGAGCUGUGGCGAAAGAAGCAAAUUAUCUAGCAUGUCGGUGGAAUACGAGAUCACUGCGGCAACAGUGGUGAGGACGGAGUGCAUGGAUUGCCCGGUCUGCGGUGGAUUGCCCACGUAUCUCUACCUGCAUAUCUACCUGGCAAGCGAUUUGGCAUGCAGAGCUGUGCGGCAAGCUUAUGCACAGGCAUGUGCGCAGGACUCUUCCAUCAGGCAGAAUGCAAGUGCAGGUCGACCACCUGACGAUGACACUCCAUUCCAAUUCUGUGGCCCAACCAUGACUAAGAUGUCCCCAGAUCAGGCAGUCCGAUCUUCUGCCGAGGACGAGGCGUUAUUUGAAGAAGGUAGCUUACAUCCUCUCGACUUUCCUCAGCAUUUCGCUCCACUUCAUCCUCUCCAUCACCUCUCCACGAAGGAGCCACACAUUUCCACUUCACCUGAAAUUCAGCGUGGCAGCACAAUCAGCCGUGACCCAUGGAAUCCAUCUCUGAAUGCUGCACAAUCAUCGCUAUGGUUUCCGUCACCCACUGGCAAUGCAACAGCUGCUGAUCAAACCGGCUGGCAGUUGCAAAGUACUCAACACUAUGCCCAAUGUGAUGCACCAGACCUAACCAAUCCUGCGAUGCCUCUCGCCUGCAAGCAACCCACUUGUCAGGCGGACUCCAGUGUCAAUUCAAGUGCCGCAGACCACGCUGCGUACGGCAUGCUUCCAUAUGCGGUGAAGCAACAGCCGAUCAUGGGCAGGCCUGGGUACGUGCGAUCUCUCUACAGUUCAUCGGAUGGUCUUGUGCUUUGUGGUCUUGUUCCUCCAGAGUAUCUCCAGCACUGCCAACUACCACCAAAGUGAGAACGAUGUAAGAACACGUUGAGUUUUUUUAGUCCCCAAGUCAACAUGAAACCUGUGGACUACUAGUCAGCCAUGCUGUGGCUGCGCCAAAUCAUUCCGCGGCAACCUGACUGGGGUUGUUCAUUUGUAAUGCUCUUCUUUGCUGUUCAGAAUUCUUUUCGGCCUUUCACCUCUUAGUGUUGAUACUGUAGAAGGUUAACUCAAUACACCUGAUUGCCAGGAACUCGGCCAUGCUGAUUUAGUUCCAACCAACAUGCUCAUCAGUAGUUACGUUGCCUGAACUGAUGUAAGUAGCUCACAGCAAAGCCUCGCUGAUUGGCGCCCUAAACGCGGCAUUGAUAUCUCAUGA